CAUACGCGGCAUGCGGCCCGCGCUCGCCGCGAUCGCGGCUUGCUGCGUGGUAGCACGCGCCGAGCCGUCUGCGCGCCUCGCUCCGCGCAACACUACCCCCCACCAUGUCCUCUCAUGUUCGGAUGGACUGGUGCUCCCUGCUUGGCAGCCUCUCGAGGAUGUGCCAACCUAUGAGAUCGCCUUCCGAGGUGUUGUCUACUUUCUUUGCCUCAUGUACCUCUUCAUCGGAGUUUCCAUCGUCUCCGAUAGAUUUAUGGCCGCCAUAGAAGUUAUAACAUCGAGAGAGAAAGAGGUGCGCGUGCGACGCAACGGCAGCGAACAGAUUGUUGUCGUUAGAGUAUGGAAUGAGACCGUCGCUAAUUUAACUUUGAUGGCGUUAGGAUCUAGUGCACCUGAGAUCUUAUUAUCUGUAAUUGAAAUAGCUGGGAAGAAUUUUGAGGCUGGAGACUUAGGGCCCGGUACUAUCGUGGGGUCGGCGGCGUAUAACUUGUUUGUGAUCAUAGCCAUCUGUGUUGUGGUGAUACCAGAUGGCGAAGUUAGAAAGAUAAAACAUCUGAGAGUGUUUCUUGUGACAGCAACGUGGUCCAUCUUCGCGUAUGUGUGGUUGUAUCUCAUACUGGCUGUCAUCUCACCCAAUGAAGUGGAAGUCUGGGAAGGAUUUGUUACUUUUCUCUUCUUUCCGGCGACGGUUUUAACAGCUUACAUUGCUGACCGUCGCUUACUUAUGUAUAAAUAUCUAAAGAAAGGCUACAGAGUGAAUGAAAGAGGAGUAAUUGUGGAAGCUGAAGGCGAUGGCUCCGUCGAAAUGGCUUUGAAACCGGGAGGAGAAGAUUUCUUAUCUGAAGAUGAAGAAGGAAGAGAACAAGAAAAAUCAAGAAGAGAAUAUGUAACAGUACUAAGAGAAUUAAGAAGACAACAUCCUGAAGAAGAUUUAGAAACUGUAGAAAGGAUGGCAUUAGAAACAUUGAUGGCUCGAGGUCCCAAGUCAAGAGCGUUUUAUCGAGUGGCAGCAACUCGUAAAAUGACAGGUGGAGGGGAUUUCUCAAGAAAAAUAUCUGAACGAGCUCAAAGUGAUCUUAGCGAAGUUAAAGCAGAGUUACAGCGGCGAGAGUCUGGCUCCUUAUCCCUUGAGCCUCGUGGUCCCAAUGUCAGAUUUGAUCCAGACCACUACACCGUCAUGGAAAACUGCGGGACAUUUGAAGUGAGAGUUGUAAGAGCAGGGGAUUUGAACGGAGAAGUAACAGUUCAGUAUACCACUGAAGAUGGAACAGCAGAAGCAGGAUCAGACUAUGUCGCAGCCCAAGGAUCUUUGAUCUUCAGGCAUGGGGAGACAGAGAAAACCUUCAGCGUUCAAGUGAUUGAUGAUGACGUUUUUGAGGAAGACGAGCAUUUCUAUGUGCGGCUAACAUCUCCUCGAGGGGCCUGUCUUGCAUCUCCUUCUACGGCUACAGUAGUGAUAUUAGAUGAUGAUCAUUCGGGUGUGUUCUCUUUCCCGCAACGGGACUUUGAGCUGACGGAGUCGGUGGGAACUUACGACUUGAGGGUCGUGAGGACAGCUGGUGCCCGCGGCAAGGUCAGGGUGCCAUACUGGACGGAAGACGGCACCGCCAAGAACGGUGCUCAGUACGAGUCAGCGCAAGGCAGCGUCAUCUUCGAAAACAACGAAACUGAAAAGUUCAUCCCGCUACAUAUAAUUGAAGAGGAUAGUUACGAAAAGGACGUCCUGUUUUAUGUCAACCUCGGCGACCCGGAGCUGCUUGGGGAGGUGUUCGAAACAUUCCUACCAGACGCAUCAGCCUCCGUGGCGGUACAAUUCUCACCCGAUGAUGACAACCCUGUGGCGACUGGAAAUGAAGCCAAUCAUCUAGCAACCCUACCGGAGGAGGAAGCAGUGGUCGCCAUGAUGGGGUUGCCAAGAGCUGGAGAAAUUACUAGAGCGCAGCUCAGGAUUAAAGAGAGCAAGGAGUUUAAAAACACAGUAGACAAAUUAGUUCAAAGAGCGAACGCAUCAAUUAUCAUAGGCACGUCUUCGUGGAAGGAACAGUUUUCAGAAGCGUUAACAGCAAGCUCAGGUUCUGAUGACCCUGACGAGCCACCUUCGUGCUUCGACUACGUGCUGCACAUCGUCACAUUAUUCUGGAAGAUUGUCUUCGCUUUGAUACCACCUACUGAUAUCGGUGGCGGUUACGUCUGUUUCGUGGUUUCGAUCAUUUGCAUCGGUAUAGUGACGGCGGUGAUUGGCGAUGUGGCCUCACACUUUGGGUGUACCCUGGGCAUUAAGGACUCAGUCACAGCUAUUGUGUUUGUUGCCUUGGGAACGAGUAUUCCUGACACCUUCGCGAGCAAGGUAGCUGCGUGUCAAGACAAAUAUGCAGAUGCAUCAGUAGGAAACGUGACAGGAUCCAAUGCAGUCAACGUGUUCCUCGGCAUUGGAGUCGCGUGGACACUGGCUGCUAUUGUCCACUGGAGCAAGGGCGAAAAGUUUUCUAUUGACCCUGGAAACCUAGCCUUCAGCGUAACGAUGUACUGUUCCGAAGCCUGCAUAGCAGUCUUAGUCCUCGUUCUACGAAGACGGAAAAGCAUUGGAGGGGAGCUCGGAGGUCCCAAGGUCAUCAAGAUCAUCACCUCCAUGUUUUUCUUCUCCCUCUGGCUGGUUUACCUCACCAUGUCCAGCUUAGAAGCCUAUGACGUCAUCCCAGGCUUCUAAAUGUCCAAAAUCUGGUAAUAUUAAGUGCUUAUUAGAAUCAGCAAAACCUACAUUGUCGCUUACAACGUUUUGGCUUGAGUUGUACUUCUAAUAUAAACGAAUGUUACAGUCAAUGAUGUCGUAAGUGCCAUUGUGGGUUAUGGUGAAUUUAUUGUAAGAAUAGUCUAAAUAUGUACCGUUAAGCGUGUUCGGAUGGGCGUCACAGCAGCUGAUGGUCAGCGGGUUUAAUACACACAACGAAAUAUACAAUUUUCAAUAUCUCAGUGAUCAAGGAUCUAAUUUUCCAGUCUUCUCUCAGAAAUUAUAGAAUAAUCGACAGUCAUGUGACCUCAUUAUUUUGUAUUUUACUAACAUAACAGGAUAAUUUUAUUAACAUGAAUAGAAUGUUCUGGCUUUCAAGAGCAAUGAAUGAAAUUAUUAAAAUAGUAACAAAAUUUUCCUUACUAAAGUACCAAAAAAGGUUAUGUUCGUACAAUCAGCUGCAUCUGAACUAGCUCUAUGAUCUAUGUGCUCAAAUGUACAGGUUUAGACGUCAAAUGUACUCUUUCUUCCUUCUAGAACCUUCUCUUUCUCUAAUAACCUGAUAAUAAUUAAUAAUUGUAGCCUUACCGGCUGUGGUAUAAAUAGAUAUAUAAAUAGAUUUAUCAAAAAUAAAAACGAAUUCUAUGCAUCAUUUUAGGCGUAUUAUAGUAUUUGCAAGAUUAUUUAAAUGGUAUAAUAAUACGCACGUAUUGGCAGAGAAUUUUGCGUAUCAUUAUAUAAAAUGCGUAUUUUUAUCUGCAGCGUAUCAAUUUUAACAUUUUAUUUGUACAUUAAAACCAAUGCUUUCUUUGUUUGCCAAGGAUAAAGAUAAUUGGGUUUUGUAAUAAAGAUUUACGAUUUAAAUAGAUAUUGUGUUUAUUUUCAUUUGCAACGACCGUGCAAUUUAAUUUGCCUUUCCUUUUUAUUAAAAUGAAAAUAAAAAUUUUAAUACCAAUAUUUUGACAAAAUGAAUACCUACAGUAAUUCACAAAGUAAAUAAGUAAUUGUUAUAAAAUUAAAAUCCGAUAUUUAAUACGCAGAAAUUCUUUACUAAUAUGUGCGUAUCUCUAAUAACAACAUCAUGAUAGGAUUUUUCGUUAUAAUGAAACCGCCAGACGCGCCGUCAUAAUUAACACAGUUAAUUUGAAACGUGACGACGAACAUUUUAAUAAUGCGAGCCAAGAUUUUGUACACACGGGUUUAUUUAGAGCCUGUAGCGAUUAACGAUGUUAGGGAAAUUGGCGAUAGACUCGUUAGCGAUUGGAAUUUGCGAGAGUUUUAAUUAUUGGAGUAUAAUGUUGCAAAUUACAAUCGUUAUAAUAAUUUAUGGAAGCCAAUUUGUUUUUGUACAUAUUUUAUUAGUGGUAGAUUAAUUUUUGUGUGUUUUAGUGUGUUGCCGCUAGAGAAAUAAUGUUUAGGUUUUAUGUAAAUACUUGCAGUCACGUAAAUUCAUACAGGAUUAUUGAAGAGGAUCAUUUUGUCUAAAUUUUAGCCAUGACGUCAUCAACAGAAUCCAUUUUUGGCGGCCAAAUACAACGUCGUCAGGUGUGAAAAAUAUGAAUGUUUUAAUUAUGCCAAUUUCAACUCAAAUUUAACAUUUACAUGGUUCAAAUUUAGACAAGUUUAGUUCUACUGAUUUCAUUCUAGUGUUGAAACCACUCGGCUGUGAUUAAAUCGGUGGUGCCAUUGCAAUUACUGAGUUAUCGAUAUAAAUUUGUCGAUUACCGAUGAAUCGUUAAUUUGGAAAAUGGUUGCGUUUUCAAACAAAAUUGAACUCGAUUUUAUCGAAUCAUGUCAACAGGAGAUAUAAACUUGGUUGGCAAUUGCAGUUGUUUAACGAUGGUAAAUAUUAUUAUGUAUGCAAA